AUGGAAUUUUUUGUUUUUUUAGACAGAACAUCAUAUUUACAAGGAUAUAGGAUUGCACAUACCGAAACUACUGUAACAGUAGCGGAUGUUGUAGCCAAGUUUUUAGCUCAAAUAAAGCAAAUUGACGCAAAUCUUCAACUUGAUUCGUCAAAAUUAAAACUAUACUUAUUAGACAUUUCAGAUCCUUUAGAUGAAAAGGAUCCAGUAUUGAUAUCCGAUAUGAACACACCAAUAUUAUCACUUGGUACUGAAGAAUUUGAUUUAAUUUUGUCAGAAUAUACGCCAAUGCCUGAUUUAUAUUCAGACUCAGACUCAGAAGGAGAAAUUGAAACAGAAUCAAAGUUUGAUAAGCUAAUACAGCAAGGAAAAAACUAUUAUGCGAUCAAAGAUUACCAAUGCGCUUUCCAAAUCUUUCUCCAUGCAUCGCAAACGAACAAGGACUCACCAGUACCUUACCAGUACCAGAUUCGCAUCUAUUUAAAAGCGAAGAGAUACAAAACUGCCAUAUCCAUGGCCACGGCCAACUUAACCAAGUUUCCAGAUGAUCGCAUCACUCUCAAACUACUUGCCAAAGCUCACCAACUCUCAGGAAACUACAAUGACGCUAUUAUUUACUACAAAAGACUAUUAUUACUUCUGCCAAGGAACCAACAGACAGCAGACGAUAUUUCAUGCAAUAUAGCACGUAAUCUUAUCGAAACAGGAGCUUACGACCAAGCAAUGUCCCUUCUUCAGCCAAUUGCGACGAAUAAUCCGACAAAUCUCAAAGCGUCGAUUCUUAUAUCGCAAACGCUUUACUACCAAGGUAGAGUUUACGACGCACUUCACACGGCCAUGCAAACGUUUACAAUUGACCCAUUUCAUAAGGCAACAUGCGAAUUUAUCGGAAAUUCGGUCAAAAACGAGAUCCAAAGUCAGAUCUUACGUAGUGAACUCGGCGAUGGUAUGAACGAUCCGAAGAUUUUGUUUAUUAUCGGUCACAUUUUACAUUCCCAUGGAUCAUGUGAAGUUGCGAGGUCGUUCUUGAAGGAUUCCCUUGAUUUAUCACCUUGCGAUCCAUCAAUUGCCCUUAUUUUCCUGGAAAAUACCCUUUGCGUCAGUCAAUCCGUGAUUGCAACGUUAGAUGCAGCAAUGCCGUUCAUAAAUAGGGUUCUAGAGAGAAAGGACUUCUUCGCUGAGAUAAUACAAAAGAUAGAUUUCAUUCAUUUGUCGAAUUCUUUCGUUAAAAAAGAAGAAAAUGGAAUUGAUCAAAAAGUGACAGAUAGUGAAGUUGGAAAAGUGACACAAGGUGAACCUCAAAAAGUGACACUUACUAUCACCACUGAGUUUAUUCCGGAAACAGAAAAAACAGAAGAAAAGAAACAAGAAGAACCAAAAUCCGAAGAAAAACAAGAAGAAAUUGAAAAUAAUUCUCUAAAUCCGACAGAACAAGCACCAGAAACCCAAUCAACCAGCGAGAAUAAUGCUGAAGAAACAGAAAAACCUGAUGAAAACGACGCAAAUUCAGAAUCUCAUGAAGAAUCCCAAGAAAUUAUUGAAGAAGAAGACAUAGAAGAGGAAGAGCAGGUACCUGAGGUUGAACAGAAGAAGGAAAUAACUGUAGAAAUCCAAAUAACAAACGGAAUUGUUCCAAUUUUGUUCGGAUCUAAAGAACACAACUUCCAUAUGGAACAACUUGACGUGUUUUGGUUCUUAAUCAUCCUACAGUACACGCUGUUCACGAAUGGAUACAUAAAAACAAGUCUGGCGAUUGGAGAUGCAAUUAUUCCUCACGUAAAGGACUUUAACUUCACUAGAUCAGUCAUAAAUGAAGAGGUCCCGACAUUCGCGUUGAUUUCAGCCCUUUCCAGAGCUCUUCCAUCCGAAAUUAACCUGAAAAAGCCAAUUUACUUCCUCGGAGACUCCCAUAUCCUUCCUCUUUCGUUUUCUGAUAUCGAAAUACAGGGAGAAAAGAGAACUGUGAUGCCUCGUUUCGUUGAUAAUCUUUCGAUACAAAAAUUAAACGAAAGUAACCCAAUUAAAAAUCUUUUCUGGAAGGCUGUUGACAAAAUAGAAGAGAAUAGCGAUGUAGUUUUGGUAUUGGGACACUUUGACUGCCAUGAAAGAAUAUUUUCCAAAAUUUCAAGGGUAGAAUACGAUACAUUUACGGAUGGAUUCAUUCCUUUAGCAGAAAAAAUAUGCCAGACUGCUUUGGAAGUCUCAAAUCGUCGUAAAUGCAAAGUAUUCGUUCAUCCGGUUCCUCCAACUGGAUUAGAAAGCCAUCUUUACGCACAAACAUUUAAUGAAUGCAUUGCUCAGAAAAUUACGGCCACAGCAAAUGAAAAUGUUUUCUUUUUAGAUUUCUUCCAAAAUUUGGUGAUGACGGAAGGAAAGGAUCGAAGAGUUAAGAACGAAUAUAUCUUUGAUGGUAUCCAUUUGAACGCUUCUUACUCAGUUCAUCUACAAAAUGCAAUUAAUUCGAUAUUAUCGAAAUCAAAUCAAGUUUGA